AUGGACAAGAAAACGGACUUGUACAAAUUUUUUGCACUCCAUCCUCCUCCUCCCUCCGACGUCAAGCCUUCAUAUCCAACAACCCAGAACACAAAUCCACCGGCAAUUCUGGUAGUCACCUCCGCCGUAGCAGCGGUAUUACCAUUUCUUCCCUGCGAAUACAUCGACGGAAACCGCGUACCGACAGUGAUCUUUAAGGGCCUGCCGUCUAUUUUUCAUGGGUUCAUCAUAUCCAUCAUGUUUGCUUUCUCAGGUUCGUUCAGCGAGUUGUUUCUCCACAACAGACCGAAGAUGGCCAGGUUUUGCAGGUUCUAUUCUGUGGUAUCAAUGGCGUCCGCAAUUCUUAUUGUGCUAUAUGCUAUGUGUGUCAGCAUUUGA